GCCGAUAACGACAACUAUGCCGAUCGGCCAUUCCCGAAAAUGAAAGCUAUGGCGGAUGGGCCAGAAUGCUUUUCCCUUGGAAGUCUCGUUAGUUGUAAAACUUGCUAUGACCAGGUUAUCGAGGGAGAAGUGUUGGCUUUCGACCAGCAGACCAAGGCUCUCAUGUUAAAGUGUGCCAGCUCUAGCGGGAAAGCCAAUGUCAGCGACAUACGCAUGGUCAACCUCAACUUUGUCUCUGAGUUGACUGUGAAGAAGGAAGCCGCUUCCAGCCCGCUCACGCCUCCGCAGCCCCUAAACACAGAAAAGCUCAACACAAGAGCAAAGCAGAACAUAGAUGAGCGGCAGCGUUUGGCAGCUGCCAUCUCUGCUGGUGUGUCCCACGAUGGCAUUCGCCUUUUCCUGGCGAUACGAAAAACGAUUGAUGAUGUGACGUGGCAGGGGAAGAACAUAAUUGUGAUGAAUCAGGUAACCAUCGUGCCACCUUAUCGGCCAGAGAACUGCAAGGGGAAAUCUGACAGCGAUGCCAGCGUGCUGCAUGUUCGCAAGAUUGUUGAGAAGCAUCUUCGGGAUCAACAAAAACAGGGCCAAGGGACACGUCAAACCUCACCAACACAACCUUCAACGAAGGCCUAAGCUCUCUCCCUUUCUCACACCUACCCUAAAGCUGUCUGCCAUUGUUCUUUUUUUGUUCUCAUGCUUUUUCUUGUUACCUUUUCUUUUUUUUUCAUUAUAUUUGCAGGUUUUGUUUGCUGUCAUAAACUGCAUUUACAGUCAUUUGCCACAACUAUUGCAUUUCUGUUUAACCUUGAGCGGCAGGCCUGAUUGUUGUGCCAGAGAAUGGCCAUGGUGAAUGUGGUGGCAUCUGGUUUGCGAAAAAAAAAAGAAAAUACUAAAGAAAAGUUGCUUACGAAAAUUCUUACUCACACGAGCUCAUGGUGGCACAGCCUGCACUGCUCCACAUGGUGCUUGGCGUUUUUAGCUGUUUUGCACAACCUAAAUUGCAUGAGACAAAAGUGACAUACUUAAAACUCACUGCAUUGAUUCUUAACAAAAUGUAUUUCAUCCCUGCCGAGUUUUCAGAAACUUCUGUCAAACUGUUGCUGCAGGUGCCAACUACACUUAAAACAUGUUCUUGCAAAAUGUACUGAUGGUGUUGGAGUGGAUUUUGUUUCUUGCCAAGCUACAUCUGGUUUUACUGAACCUACCAUCACAAUAUUUGGCAUUUGUGACAAGCUGAACAUGACUGAAAGCCAAUACCCUAAACGGGUCUUACGGUGUUAUAGGUGGCAAACUGUAGUUUAAGCUUCCGUUUGCCGAUCAACUUUUGCCCCAGGGCAGCAUUACAUUCCUACCGUCUGUUGUUCCCAUCUCAUUUCUUGUUUCUUUCCUCUUCCUGUUCCCACUUGUGUGUUGCUACCCCUCCUCCAUCUUGCACUGAAGGGUACCACUCAGAGAUGCCCAAUUUUUUCACGAAUCGAAGAUGAUGCCGGAUCUUUGUUGUUUAUGCAAAGCUGCAGCUUCAAGCAAUGCUUGUCAGUGCAGAGGACAAGCUAGUGGAGAGACCUGCCUUGUGAUAAAGGCAACAAUAUUGUGAACAAUUUUUUUUUUUUGUAUGUGGGAAAAAUGAGGACAAAAGUACUAUAAUGAGAUGAAGAGCCAAGGGAAAACAAGUUGACCCUGAAGAAAAAAAAGUAUCUUGGCAAUAAAACAUGGGAAAACUUGUCA